GCCGUGCUCAGUUCCAAUGAACCACCUGGAAUUGAUGAAUACUCCUGACCCGACUCAUUUGCAGUUUGGUUCCCACUGUCGCUGUCGGAUGGAGCAGAUGCUACAGUGUCAGGUCCCAGCAGAUCUGUUCCUUUGCUUCUGUUCCAGGAGCAAAGAAGCAGCAGCUGCGAUUUACUGUAAUGCCAAGAUGGACGUGAAAGUGGAGACGUGCGAAGAUGACAUAAAUACCACAGAGGUAAUGACUGUAAAUGUUAAGGAUGAGGACUGUGGAAAGGGGUGUGCCCACCCUAAACAGGGCAGUCACCGCAUAAAGGACGAGGAUUGUGAACCGGGGUCAGUGUGCAUCAAAGAAGAGGCAGAGGAGAUGACUGUCAACACUCAGUUGCACAAACCUAAAAGUGUGACGCCUGUCGACGUCAAGGUGAGGUCUGACGGGAAGAGGAAUGAGGAGAUUCCAUCUGAUGGGACUGAAGAAGAUCAACCAUCACCUACACAUCAAUCUGAUGAAAAUUUACAAGACACUGGCACCAUCUGCUUAUCUUCAUAUCCUCUCACAUCUCUGCAGUGCACAACAAAGCAAACGCGACAAAAUGAAAAUAUGAAGAUAUUAAUAUCUGGAUCACAGCUUUGGACCAAGGCCAUUUUGCACUGGAGUUCGCUGCCUGAUUUGAAACUAACCAGGACAGAUAAUAUGAGCACUCAACCACAGAAGAAAAAUUCUAAUUCUUCCGCUUUGUCCUUUUCAGAAGAGCAGAGGGAAAGGUUUGAACAGAAAUGUAAAUCCAAUGAUAAGCAGAACAGUUCUACAAGAAUGAAGCUGUCUUGCUGUUCUGAACUUGGUGAACAAUUUGGUGACGAUGGCAGUCCUCAGUUACAGACAAAGAUUCCCACUGGUCAGAAGGCAUAUUGCUGUUAUGAAUGUGGAAAAGAAUUCACCACCAGUAGCUCUCUUAAGCGGCACACAAGAAUUCACACUGGAGAGAAGCCAUAUUGCUGUUUUGAAUGUGGAAAAGAAUUCACUGCCAGUGGAACUCUUAAGCAGCACACACGAAUCCACACGGGCGAGAAACCAUUUUGUUGUUCUGAGUGUGGUAAACAAUUUGUUAACAAUAGCAGCCUGCAGUUACACACAAGAACUCACACCGGUCAGAAGGCAUAUUGCUGUUAUAAAUGUGGAAAGAAAUUCACGACCAGUGGUUCUCUUAAGCGGCACACGAGGAUUCACACCGGAGAGAGGCCGUAUUGCUGUUUUGAAUGUGGAAAAGAAUUCACCACCAGUGGGAUUCUUAAGCGGCACAUAAGAAUUCACACUGGAGAGAAGCCAUAUUGCUGCUCUGAGUGUGGAAAGGAAUUCACCACUAGUGGUACUCUUAAGCGGCACAGGAGAAUUCGCACUGGACAUAAACCGUUUUGCUGUUCUGAAUGUGGCAAGCACUUUGUUAACAGUAGCAAUUUUCAAUUACACAAAAGAAUUCACACCGGAAAUAAGCCGUAUUGCUGUUCCGAAUGUGGAAAACAAUUCUUACAAAUUGGCCACCUUCAGACACAUGCAAGAAUUCACACUGGACAGAAGCCAUACUGCUGCUCUGAAUGUGGAAAAGAAUUCUCACAAAUCGGCCACCUUCAGAAGCACACAUUAAUACAUAAUGGAGAGAAACCACACUGUUGUGCCGAGUGUGGAAAACAAUUCACCACCAGCGGUACUCUCAAGCAACACACAAGAAUUCAUACAGGAGAAAAGUCCUGAUUCACAGGACUAAUGAAAAGAAACUUCCAGGCCUGUGCUGACAUCCUACCAAUUACCAUAAAACAAACAGAAAAAAAAUUAAUUUGGGAACAAAACUGAUGCUACAUUGAGCCUCCUCUUUGAAUUUAAGGGGACAGCAGUGUAACAGAACUGCUGCAACUAAGGAGAGUGGUUCCAUUCUGUUCUGGUAGUAAGCACACCUAGACAUUUUGGGUGAGUUAAUCCCACGAGAAUGUGGCAAAUUAUUUAUUUACAGUGGUGACCCUCAGAAUUCAACCUGCUAAGAAAAUCUCCUGCCCCAGUCAGUGCAGCUAACCUCCAGAUGGCUUAGCAGAGAGGACCAGAGACUAAGGGACAAACGCCUAAUGAGAGACAUAAAGCAGCUUGAUUACUCCAUUGGAAAAUCUGUAACAUACCAGUUGCCACACCAUAGAUGUAUUGGUUACCUACUCCAGACAGAAUUAUGGAAAAUUAGAAUCUGCUGAUUACUUUGGACCAAUUCUAAUAUACAGAAAAACUGAAGCUCAUAAACCAUAUAUCCUUAUAAAAGAAAAUGCGUGGAUAAUUUAACUAUCAGUCCACAAAAUGAGGGGUUUUUACAGGCAACAUCAGUGUUAAACCAUGCUCUCCCAGUAAAUGUAGGAAAAUAAAGCUCAAUAAAGUAUCCAAGUAAUAGGUGAGGCUUAUUCAAAAAUUAAAAGAAAAGCCAAGCAAACUGACACCUUUUAUUG